AUGAUUGAAACCUACCACGACGAGCCAUCUCCGUAUUGCAUCGGUGCAGUACUGGCUAUUCAGUCACACACUCCUCCUCCUCCGUUCCACAAGCAUGAGAUAUUUCAACAAGAGAGACCACGGCGUUCGAUUUCUCCCCUCGAGUUGUCUCUCCAGAACUCCGUUCUGCCAAGCUCUGACUGUCACAAUUUUGUCAAUAUCCAUUUGCUAAGGGGGCUUCAAACUGGCACUCAUAAACGGUCCCAGGUAUUUAUUGUAAGAUGUGUGGAUACUUAUCAUUCUUCAGGUCUACCGACAGAUCAGGACAUGGUCGCCAAGUUCUAUGACCCUCUCUACCACGACUGUGACGAUGGCAACCGUUUUCGGGCAGCUGACUAUGAUUACUCGCACGAGUGUGCCUCUUAUAAGCGCUUGUCCGAGCUACAGGGCUCUGUUCUUCCCCGAUUCUUCGGCUCUUACACAUUUAAAACAAAGAUCGAUGGUCAUCCUCGCCAAAUUCGUUUGAUCUUGAUUGAAGGAAUCAAUGGUCUGCCCAUGAGUCGCCUAGAGCCCAAAAUAUUCUCAAAAGAAGAGCGCCAGGAUAUUAUGAGACAGAUAAUUGAUGGAGAGUCUGCACUUUACGCCAAGGACGUUCGCCAUGAAGACCUAUGUCCACGCAAUAUCUUGAUUGAACGGAGUGAACUGGGAAGAGUAAGGGCCGUCAUUAUUGACUUGGGAAAGUCUGUCAUUGGACGAUCACGCAACCCUUCCAACAGUGCAGAAGAGAGCCAAUGGUUUCCUGGCGUUCCAAUCAGCCCACUACUUAGAUGGAACAUCUAUUAUGGAUACCCUAACAGCUUUGGAGAUUGGAUCGACUGGCCGUGGCAGAAGUGGCUUGAGGUUCAAUACAAGGAGACUGAAUCUACGAUCACAGAUGAGCAACGGCAGAGGUGGCCAGUGUAUGACUGGAUGCUGGAGAUUACAUCAUUUUCAUGAUAUAGUGGGAGAUGUUUUGAGCCCAUGUUGUGCCAGAGAGUCGAACAACUUAGCAAGAGAUACAAGCUGUUCUUAGUUAUCUAUACCUUCCACCAUUAUGUCAAGACCAACAUCCAUGUGAAAGCAGGCCAUCAAUUCCUCAGAUUGGAUUGCAGUG